AGAAGUAAUCUCUACCACGCAAUGGACGUUACUCUACUCAAAGCAAUUCUCCUUGCAGUGAUCUCACUUGUUACAUUGGGAUUUGGCUUAUUGCCUUUAAAGGUGAUGGCCAUUCUUUCUCAUAAACAAGGAAAAUAUGCAGAAACCGCUGCACUAGCGACUUCAUUACUUUCCUGCUUCUCUGGUGGUGUAUUCUUGGGAGUAUGCUUUUUGGAUUUACUCCCUGGAGCAUUGGAAUCAUUUGAAAGCUUUAAAAAAGACGCACAAUGGGAAACCGAAUACCCAUGGGUACCUCUGCUGUUUAUGAUUGGUUUCUUCAUGGUGAAUAUUUUCGAGACGAUGAUAGCUAAAUCAUUCGGGCAUGCGGAUGCCUGGCACGCACGUAGGAAAUGCACAACGACAUAUAGUCCUGAUGCGAACGUUGAAGAAGCCUGUGAUACAGACUCGAUUGACUCAAGAGUGGCUAUUGUACGAUCGUUGACCUUUGUAUUAGCGUUGAUGUUCCACUCAAGCUUGGAAGGAUUUGCAUUUGGUGUACAGCAUUCCACAGUUUCCGUGGCAUCACUAUUCUGCGGUAUUAUUGCUCAUAAAGCUGUCGUUGCAUUUUCUGUGGGGACGAAACUUGCUGAAGCUCAUCCAAAUAAAAAGUGGAUUGUCGUCGUACUGAUCAGUGCUUUGGCACUUGUUGCGUCUCUUGGAGGUGUCAUUGGUAUCAUUUUACAAAACUCUAGUAUGGACAUGGAAGUCAAAGACGGUGUCAUAUGUCUUCUUGUCACUCUAUCAUUAGGCACAUUUAUCUACAUAACCUUCUUUGAGAUCGUGGUCCCUGAGAAUUCAAAAAGUUACAAUAAGUACGCUCAGUGGAUCUCAUCUGUGAUUGGAUUCGCAAUUAUCGCCGGUGUAAUGGCGUUCGACGAAGCGUAGACUCCUCGUGGUCACGUCAUGCGAUCUAAUUUUUGAAAAAAAAAUUAGUGCAGUUACGACAAUGAAGUCCCAGCCUAUGCUUUUAUUUGAACACAAUAGUGUGAAUUGCUGUCAGUGUAGUUAUGUAAAAAGCGAUCUGACGCGCACUACGAAUUAGGCAACCUUUAUGGUUGAAACAUUAGGCAAAGAUUAUUGUCUUGAUUCCAAAGGUGAUAUAUUUCACUGCUGCAAUUCUACUACUAAUUUAAACAAAAGCAAAUUUGCGUCAGGUCAGCUCUCAACAGGCUUUCCACUAUAACUUCAUGGCAGAAAAUUUGAAUGUGGGUCGUUAGGAAAGCCUAUCCACGGCUGCUUCUGCUUGGACCGUGCACGUUUUCCUAGCAAGCAGAGCUUUAGGUAAGAAGAAAGGGAGAACCCGCAAGUGUUGCUGAAGUGAAAUGGGAAGCAUGAAAAUAUUUGCCAUGCAGAGGCCUCGGGUCUCCCUUGAUCUCCGCUGGAGACCUACUUAAAAGGAAGUGCAAGUAUUUUCAGGCUUUCCUGUACAAUCUGAACUUUGCGUGCUUUGCGCGUAUCUUCGCAAAUCUGUCACCGUCUAUUAAGUACUUACAGAGCAUUUUGUAGUAUCGAAAAAGC